AUGGCAGCAGCAGGCGACAACACUGGGGAGGAGCUGCGUCCACCAGGCGAAAACGCCGAGCUAUCAAAGUACCCCAAAGAUGCACAUGACGACGACAGACUCGACUUCUGCAGUCCUAACUUUGAUCCCUUGCUGCUGCUCCGGCAAAAGCCCUCCGCGGCUGGGGUAAAUUGUUCAGGUGCAGAGGCUAUUUUCCCUAAUAUCCGUGUGGCAGAGCUGCUGUUGCCGUGGGGGCAUCAGCCUCAAAGCAUUGCAGCAGCAGCCGCUGCAGAGGAUAAAGAGCUCAAGGGGGCGGAAGCAGCGGCAUCGCAAGCACCAGGACCCCAAGAAGGCGCCCAAGAAAGCAAGAAGCGCACCGCAUUCGAGGCCAAGCUAAAUGCAGCAAAAAACAAGCAACUCAAACUCGAUCUUCUCCAUGCGGCGGCCGCAUCGAAACGCAGCGCAGUCUUGGCUUCCCGCAUUUUAACUCUGCGGUUUACUGGGCAUCUUCUGCCUCAGCGCGUCCUCCGCCGUCCUCCAGGGGUGCGUCAAAAUGCUGCUGCUGCUGCGGGAAGCCGGGGGCUCUCUUGCGGGAGGGCCCUUGGACAGCUGCGUGUGUGGCAGCAGCAGCAGCAGCAGAUCGAGGUGUGCGUACAGCCCAACGCGCUGCAGCUGCUGCGGAGCUGCGGAAUGGACCCGACUAGCAGCAGCGGGGACAGCGGAAGCAGCCACACAGUCCGAGUGAGGGGCUGUUUAAGGUGGUUUGAUGCGAACAUGACCCUUCUCUUGCAGCCUGCCGAGCUGCUGGAGGAAGACAGUCCGCAGCCGCGGCAGCAGCAGCAGCAAGGGCAUGAGCAUCAACAGCGCAAACAGUAUCGCCGGCUAGACUGGCUUAUUAUUCCGUGCCGGCAUGUGCUCUCUGUAGAGCCCGUCCGUCUGCGCGAGUAA